UCUGUCGGUGUGACGCAACUGUUUUAUUUCACGGUUCGAUAAUAACAUUUUGAAUGUUACAGUUUGUUGUCGUCAAUUAUUCUUCGUUAGGCGGUUGUUGUAAACGGACCUUAAUUGAAAGUUCCACCCAAAACGCCAUGCCCUCUCUACUAGAAGCCCUGGAACAGAAGUAUGGCGAAGCGGACUCAGAUGCGAGUCCAGACGAAGCCUCAGAGGGCAUUUCAGUCGCAAUUUUCGUGCCUUGCAAAUCGCCCAGAGCGCUGGUGCCUGCGCUCCUGGUGCUGAACGAUUGUGAUAUUGCAACCGCGGGCGAAAAAGACGCCCUAGUGGCGAAAUGCUCCAAUGUGGAAGAAUUGGAUUUGGCCAAGAACAAGCUGGACCAAUGGACAGAAGUUUUUGGAAUACUCGAGCAUAUGCCCCGUUUGAAGUUCGUGAAUCUCAGCUUCAACGUUCUGUCCAGUCCCAUCGAAGUCAGUCUGGACAAGCGAUGGGAAGAGCUGCGAAAUCUGGUGCUAAACUCCACCUAUGUGAACUGGGAGAGUGUGAGGAAGAUCCUGGAACAUUUGCCCAGCCUGGAGGAAUUGCACUUAAGUCUGAACGAUUACAACAAUGUGGCCUUACACAACACCUCAUCAAGCUGCGCUUGUACUGAGAACAAGAACGAUAACUGCGAGUGCCACAGCAGCGCUUUGGAAAAGAAGCAUUCGGUUAUAAGGAUUCUUCAUUUCACUGGGAAUCUGGUGCAGGAUUGGAAAGAGGUUUCCAAAUUAGGAUAUGCUUUUCCCAAUUUGGAGUCCCUGGUAGUGGCCGAAUGUCCCAUCAAGUCCCUGGAUAUUGCGGCCGAAGCGAAGGAAUGCCCCAAUAAGAACUACGAAAGAUCUGAGAGCAGCCCGGAAUCGAGCAGUAGAUCGGAAUCGCCUCAUGAUGCGUUCCGAUCGCUCAAAAUUCUCAACCUGAAUUCAACCCAUUUGUCUUCCUGGGAUGAAAUUGAACGACUUGCGAGGUUCCCAGCCUUACAGUGCGUCCGGCUACAGGGCUGUCCGCUUGGGGAAGGAAACGAAUACACUGAACACGAAAGGCGUCAGCUCCUAAUAGCUCGACUACCCAACGUGAAAACCCUCAAUGGAGGAGGAGUUAUCUCAGCAGAAGAAAGGGAGGACGCCGAAAGGGCCUUUAUCAGAUACUACAUGGAUAAGCCGGAGAGUGACCGGCCGGAAAGAUACUUCGAAUUGGUUCAAAUACACGGCAAGUUAGAUCCCUUGGUGAACGUCGACUUGAGGCCAGAGAAACGUGUGAAGAUCACGUUCACAUGUGGCUCCAACAGUGAGGUGAAGUCGGUCGACACCUACCGCACGGUUAGCGACUUGAAAACGCGCCUGGAAACAUUCGCCGGCUUUCCUGCUUCCAAAAUGCGUCUGUUCUAUGUGGACCAGGACUUGAGAGAUAUUCAGGGCCCGGAACUGAUGCGGUUUGCUUCCAAGCAGCUGUUCAGCUACAACAUUCGGUCAGGCGAUGAAAUCAUCAUCGUCUGCAAAAUGGAGAACAAGAGAAGAACCCACAGCGAAUCCAACAUUACAGAAAAACAAGAGAGGGCGAUGUACAACCUCUAGCUGCUUGAAGCCGCUUGGUAAAUUAACAGCACACCAACCCUAAAACUAAAAAGCUAAUACUAUUUUAUCUAACGAACGUAUGUUUUAUAAGCAGCUAAUAAAAACAUAAAAUAAUAAUAGUAUUUAUAUAUGUAUGUCUAUUGAAAGGCGGAGAUUCCUCGAUCAUUGUAAGGACGUUAAUCGAACUAUUCUAAACUAAAUUUGGUUCCUUUUAAUAUUUGUUAGAUGCACAAAAAUCUAUUGUGUAUACUUAGUAUUACGGGGUCUUGACAGAGCGUUCUCAUAAAAGUUAAUUGAAAAAUCUUGGUAUUUUACUGUGAUUAAUAUGAGCUACUCAGCAACUGUAUUAUUUAUAUUUUAGACUUAGGACGAUAAUUUAGUAACAUGUGUGAUAUUUCUGCCAACAAACGAAACUUUUUGGCGCAAAUAAAACUGCCUUGUAGUUUGAUUCUUUCGAAA